AUGGGUGAAAGCAUUGGCAAGCAACUGUGCGAACAAAGUCAAAGCUAUGCCUACAAGUGGGACUUCACAACUCACUGUGUCAUCAUGAAAAGACGGAACCAAAAGGGCUUGUAUUGUAUGGACUGUAACAACGAAACUGCUGAGUACUGUUCAACAUGUGAUGAGAGAUCGCCCAUUCCAAAGUGGGUGAGAUUGCGCGAGAUUACCUUCACAACCGUCGAUGACAAUUGGUAUAUGGUGAAUUGCAGUUGUUUGCACAAUGAUGGCCAUCCAUGUAGAUACUUGGCAUGCUUGAUACAGCUUCAAAUUGGUCAUUUCAUUCCUCGAUACCACAGGAAGUAUGCGGCCUUCUUCGGAACAGACAGAAGGAUCACCGAGUUCUAUGAAGCUGCAAACCGGGACCACCGAAUUUUGAUUUCGACUGAGGAAUUUCAGCACAUAAAGAAACAAGUGAGAGAAGUUGACAACAGCGACUUACCUGUGGACUUUUGGAAUCAAGAAAAAUCCGUGUGCUAUCAGUCAGACAAGACCGGUCUACACGUAGUUCAAGUCCAGGAUGAUACCGAUGAAAUCCCGCUCUCCUCCUUGUUUGAAGAAAGUGGAUUAAGUCAAGAUUUUGGUUGUCCGGAGCCAGACGAACACACAACACCGGCCAUUGUCCGAGGGCGACAUGUCCACCCACCCCAGACUGGCCAUUUCUUCAAUGACAAUGUAGCAAGACUCCAAAUUUUUGCAGACCUGGCUUCCAAAGAUGCAAAUUGAAAGCAAUUUACAACCAGCGCUUAACCUCUUGUUUUGCCCAGAUGAUGGAGGAUUCAGACAAUCAUUUCCGCAAUGACGAUCAUAGUGGCCGGCAACAAAACAGUGUCAUACUGGAUCUACUGCACAAAACGGAAAAAAGAAAAAAGCCUAAUAGAAUCAAAUCUGCUGGUGAAGCAAAGAAGAGACCAAGAAAACGACAUGAGGACAGCAAACAAAGUGUUAGCGAAGACGGUCAAAACUGGCUCUGAAAUCAUAGUAUCGUGUACUCACCUAAAUAUUUAAUUCCUCCAUAUCCAUUUUA